GCAGUGGUGAUGUCUCAUCUUACUGACAUACUGCAACUAUACGUCGUCGAUGUUAUCCAGAACUAGUGCAGAGAAGAGGAUUUUUGGUGCUGUAGCAUACAACGCGCACUGAAUUCUGUUGGCGACGCUCGAGCGCCACUUUUGCACUGUUUCUUGGUCCGGUCGCCCUCCAGGUUUUUCGUCUUCUACAUCGUAAGUGACUCUUUUUCCGGAUGAGAGCUGCCGUUUUUUUCUACGUUGGGGACGCCGGACCACCGUAUUUUCCCACGCGUUGUUGGAACUCCCGGAAGGGACUAACCUCUCGCGAACUGUUCACUCGACCAUCUUCCUUGUCACUGCACAGGCAAUAAUUUUCUCUGUGGAUUUUCUUUUUUGCUCGAAACACACGAGAUACCCAACUCGUGGCCAUAGAAGUACUGCAGCAAAGCUAUGAAGACGAUUAUAAGCCUUUGCGUUCUUCGUGGCUCCAUCACCGUUUUUGGUAGCUGAUUUUUUAGCUGGAACUGCAGGCUGUCUGUCUCCGCUUAGACCGCUUACGUAAGCAGUCUGCUCCAUGUCUCCUUGAAGGGUAGCAUAUAGUUCCCUCUCUAUGCGCGAGUCUCGCCUUUUCCUCGGUUGGUAAGUCUUUUGUCGCCCGUUUAAGUGGCUGUGCCUCGAGACUUGAGCAGGCCGCCUAAACAGGACCAAAAGGAUUUGCGUUUUUCAGACUUCCUCCAGUUUUCGGGGAGGAGGCGGUGUGCUUUCUUAGAACACACCCGUAACGAGGCGAACUCAUGUGGAAGCUUCUUAACGAAUUUGUGUGACAAAACUGGCUGGGAAUUCAUGGAGCACCUGAACUCAAUUAUUUUUAAUCCCAGUGCUGCCCAGCACAGCGUGGUGGCUUCUUGUGUCGAAGGACUCUUCGCUGCAGUUCUGCCGCAACCAAAUAAUUUGUUGCAUUAGCUUCCGGUGUUUGUAGAUGACUGGAAUCUAACUUAACAACAUCACUUAAUCCUUUUGCUCGUCAGUUCCUGCCUCUGGUGCCUUUGGCCGCGCUCUGUCGUUGUCCUGCCUGCGCAGGGCAUUCUCUCGUCAGGGUCGUGGUUCUAGGCGGAACCGACCGAGCACUCCCCUUUAAUGACCCUCUCUCCUAUCGAUAGAAAUUCAGAAGAAAUUUGCUUCUUUUUUACGCAUUCAGAAAUGGAUGGCGUGAGGGGCGAUGCUGUGCCGGAGGCGACCUCACACAGAGAAGGUUGCACAGAUGGGGAGUCUGACCGGGAGGCGAGUCCUUCCGUUGAAGCGAAAGAGAGCGACAUGGCUUUGUGUGGCGUUAGUCUCGAGGGAGUGUGUGAAUCCGCUUCGACCGAAGCUGGCGCCUCUCCAGCGACGAAGAGGAACACAGCUCCUCUCUCUGUCCUCCCCUGGUUUCUGCCACUUUCCGUCAAUCGCAUGAUUACCAGUUCGCGUCUUCCAGGUCCUCAAGAAGGAUACGACUCGUCUCACUCUGCUCCCUUCCUUAGGAGCUCUGACGGAGUUAUGUACCUUCCUGCGUCUCGCCUUCUUCCACCUCCUCGUCGACUUCGACCACAGGUGGAACAGCAGUUCUUUCAGCGUCAACCGUCCUUCUCUUCCUCAGAAGAUGAAGAAACCUCAAAUGGCUGCCAUCCGCCUUCCGUGAGCUCUUCGCUCGCCUUCAAGUGCUCGACUUCUGCGCCCCCCACGCCUCUUUCGAGAGAUGAAGCGGCCUCGUUCCAUCCGUCGGGUCGGGCCCCAGACUCUCCGGCGUCUGAGCGAGAGGAGCCGCACGCAGAGACCGUGAACGCUUUUCUCCUGCAACGCGCGCGCCGUGUCCAAGCGGAGAGAUCUCAUCGAGUCGCCAGCACCGCUUCCGGAAGGCCUCAGCAGUAUCUGCAACAAGUGCUUCUUCAGCAGCAGCCUGUGAGGAGGCGUGCGGGCCUCGAGGAGCCUUCUACAGGCAUCGCGGCCUCGGCGGAUAUUCUCGGGGUCGUCGAGCAACUGCGACAGGUUCUGGAUCGUCUUGAGGGCUCCGAGGCUCUCGUCGAUGGGAGACGGGAGCCUCGUCCCCACAACGCAAGGGACGAGCUCACGGGCCUUCUCCGGCCCCAUUACCCAACGCCGGCGCGUGCGCGGUCGCUUCCAGCGACUACCCCCGCGGCGCGGCAGGCGCGGAGACAGCGACAGCAGCAGCAGAGACAGGACUUGCAGGACCUAAGGCAGCUGAUCUUCAAGGUCGCUGACCUCACGAUUUCGGACCCCGCUUCGUGGGCAAGUGCGACCGCGUCUGGCGGCUCAGAACUCGAGGAAAACGAGUUCCAAAAUCGAGUGCUGUCGCCAACAGGAGGCGCUGCAAACUCGGGGAACACUAGCGCGGGAAGCGCGACCCCGGCUUCUGCUUCUGAGGGGAACUCGGGUGGGGCCCCGGAUCGUGCCGCGGCCGCGGGGAACGCAGCUGGUGCGAGACAGCCGGCACCGGUUGGCGCUCAGUCGACUGCACCAGCUCCGACAGUUUCACCGGCUUCCGCCCAGCAGAAUGUACUCCUGUUUCUCGGCUACGGCGGAGGCUCCUUGCUGGUCCGCACUCUGAUGGUUAGAGAGAGCGCAUUGGCGUCGGAUGAAUCGAAUGAGUGGGUUUCAGGCGCGGGCAUUUUUGCGGAACUCAAAGAGCUCCUAAUUUACGUCAAGAACGAGUGCAUGUAUCUACUGAGGGAGCUCGCGAUCAACAAUAUGCAUCUCGCCGCCGUUUGCGCCUGGAAUCCUGAACUGAUGCGUCUUCUCUUCGAGCUCAUGGAGUCUCCAGUUACCUUCGACAGCUCGGAGCUGCUUCUCGAAGAAUUGGUCUCCUCUCGCGAAGGAUUGCUUUCCGCUCGACAGGGGUGCCCGCAGUGGUUUCAGGAUGAGGCUGCCGCUCUCGCCCACUCAAGGGCGGCCUCUCGGCUCCAGACCUCGCUCGAACGCGGCUCUGAAGGGGCUUCAAGAAGGGUGUUCUCCAGCCUCUCGGGCGGCACAGAGGGUCAUCAAUCGUUCUUCUCGUCGACGUCCGGCCUUCGAUCUGGCAACGUCCUCCAAACAAACUUUGUGUCGCGUCUCAGCAUGCGUCAUGUGGCUGUGAUGACGCGCCUGCUCAGUCUCCUGCUCUUUGAACGAGACGACCGGCAUGCGUGUGAAGACACACUGUCGCUGCUCCAGAUUCCUCAGGCAGACACGCAACGAGGGCGUCGCCGCGAGCAGAAGAAACGGAAAAAGGCGACACUCCAGACUGGCGAGAAGCUCCGGCAAGCCUCGACAGACAGCGGCAGCAACUCAGACGAAGGGGUGGCUGAGAAACGGCGAUUUCUCCUGAAGGAAGAGACGGAAGAAGAGAUGGAGACGCGGGGUGGGAAGCAGGUCAAAACAGGGCGAAGAAGAGACAGGAGCAGUAGGUCAAGGUCGCCGUCUUCUCAUGCGCAUGGGAGAGAGGAAGGGCUGUGGCGGCAGCGUGGUUCGGACGACGAGAGCCAAACGUCUACCGAGGAAGCGGAGGAAGAGGAGCCGAGGUAUCCGCAUAUCUUUCCAAGAUACAUUCAAUCGGUGUACUCGUCUCGAGAGAAUGUAAGCCGGCUUCUGCGUCGCGCCUUGGACCGUAGACUCCGGGGGAAGACCCACCGACUUCGCGCGUCUUCCGCUUCACCUUCAGAAGGUCCUGACGAGGUCGACCGCCGUGCCAGCGACGAGUGCGAAGCCUCCCGACAAAGCCAGGGACGCGACGCCAGCGGGGGCGCCUCACAUGUUUCCGCCGCCCACACUUCGCCCUCCAGCGACGACAGAAGAGGCAGGUGUGACUGGGGUUCGACAAUGCGUUCGACGUCUGCCUUUUCUGACUGGAGGGAUGGAAUCGAGGUCAGGACCGACAGUGAGGGGGGCGAGGAGCCGGCAACGUUAGGGAACACUUGCGUCGAUCUUGAGACUCGAGGGAGAAGUCAGCGAAGCAGAAGACCGUCACCGUCUCGUCGCGCCUACCCUGCAGGUUUCCACUUCGAUGCGUGGAACGGCGGGUGGCCGAGGCGCGCAGGUGCAACGAGCGAACCGCUUGGCAGGCGCCAGCAAGCACAUGCAGUUUCGCACGCAGUGUCUGACAGGCCGUGGAUAGAACAGCGGUUCAAGCGCCCGUCGUGUCUCGCUCUCGACCGACAACUCUACGUCGAUGUCCACACGCAGAGCACUCGCGAGCUGCUUCGAGAACUCGAUGAAGGCGCAGGAAGACGCGAGGCGAGGACCCUUCGCUGCUGCCCUCUGUCCGCCACCGGGCUCUUCCACAGUGCCUCGUGCGAUGUGUGUCUCGUGGGAAAUCAAAGGGCGAUUCUCGACUGUCCCCAACUGCUUGAGCGCCUUGUCGAUCUCCUAGCACUCCAGGUGCUCCCGCUCCCGGCUUGUCUCAGCGGGCUGACCUGCGGCAACAUGCCGGGCGCUGAAACGGCCAACGCGCUCAUUCAGCGUCUCAGCCAGUCGACAACUCCUCUCUUCGAGGAGGCUCUAGGUCUCUCUUCCCUCUCCUCUUCCUCGUCGUCUUCUGCCUCUCCGUCCUCCGCGGCUCACGCCGUUCGUUCUUCGCCUCACGACCAGCGCGACGCAGGGGCCGGUCAAGCCGUCACAUCGAGUGUGGCUUCAGCGUCGCAGCCCGUCCGCAGUCAGAAUCAACGCACAGUGAAUCGGGAAGGCGCGCGGACGUUGGCCUCUCACCGGUCUGUAGGUUCGCUGGCGAGGUCUCUGUCACUGCUCGAGGAGGGAAUGCCCGAUGGAGACUCUCCGUCUCGCAGCGACUCUGGUCCUCCACUCGGAGCCUCACAGCAGCCUGCAGGUGGGGUGUCCUCCCGUGGGCCAGGCGGGUCUGCGGGCCCCUCGGUCUGGCGUCGUUUGUCCUCCUUCGUCACAGGCACUCGCAGCUCCCGAGAAGAUCUUGUGCCCGCUUCAGAUGCUUCUGCUUCAUCAUCGUCCGCAUCUUGGGCUGAGCAUCGAGGCAGCGAAGCAGAACGCAAUGCCCCGGUCUCGCAUGCGCCUGAAAACUCGACAGGCAUAGAGGGGGCGGCGUCGCAAGGGCCAGGCAUGGGUCAGGUGAGCGCGACCAUCACGUUCGAGUUCACACCCGAGGGGUGGGUGGGCCCUGCCUCUUCAGCGGCUCUCGGGGAUGCUGCGGAGAAUCCGAAUGGCUGGGGACUCGCCUCGCCAGGCGGCCCAGGCGCUGACGGCCCAGCCGCGACACCUGCAGUGGGAGGAGACACCGUCGCGGCUCCGGCCGUAGGAGGCGACCUGUAUCCUGACGUGACGUUCAUUGCCGCGAGCUCUGAAGAUGUGCGGACUGCAGCUGAGGAAGGCCUUUCUGUGAUUCCGACCUUCGUACCCUCUCCGCCGCACCGACCGAGAACGGUUCGGGUGAUCCGUGAACCUGUCCGCUUUCCAGGAAUCACUUUCCCCUUCUCUGGAGUCGCUGCAGCGCCAGUGCGAGACUCCAAUGUGGACGUCGACUCUUUACCAGCUUCGCCGUCGGUGGCGAACUCGCCUCAUCCCCCCGCGCGGUUCUCUGUGGCCCCGGCUGUCCCAAAUUCAGUUGCAGAGGCAGAAGCGGAGAUCGCGACAGUUCUUGCAGAAAUGGGAGGAUUUGUCUGGCUCCCGAGCGAGUUCAGAGGGACUGAGGAGGACCCGGCGACGAUCCUUCCGGUCACCGCUGCAGGGAAUCCUAUCGUCUACCUUCCGGCGAAUUCGUCGGACUCAGACGGGCCUUUGAUGUUCUGGCCGUGCGUCCUCAUUUUGCCUCGCCCUCGUGCCGAACUCACUGGCUCUCCAGCAGGUCCCGGCCCUCGCGCCUCGGUCCGGGAGGCCCCGGGUACGCGCGAAGCUACGGAGCGCGGGGCAACGGAUCGCGAGGAGACUGCGGCGAGAUUGGCGUCUUCUGGGGCUUCGCCCGCGUCUCGAGCGCCUUCUGCUGCCGUGAACCGAGGAAGCAGUGCUGCAGACUAUCUGUGGAGUCUGUUCUCUCGGGGCUCGAACUCGUCUGCUCCGUCUGUCCCCGAACCCUCUGCCGCACCCCUCCCUCAGGCCUCCUCGAUGGCUUCGCCUCCCUCCGGCCCCGGCUCGCUGGCAGCUGCGCAUUCGGCACAAGCCGCCUCUGUGGGGCAGGCCCCGCAGUCGUCCUUUCUCUUGUCGUCGUUCCCUGCUUCGGUUCCGGCGUUGCGGGGAGGCGCGGGCAAUGCCUCUGCCUCGCGCACGGUCGUCCAGGUGAUGGUCCAAGCUGCGGUCACUCCGGGUCCAGGAAGUGAAGAGCUCUUUUCAGUUUCGCAAAUGGGGACGGAGACCCAGUCGGGCCUAGACGCCGCUCUGACAUCUCGGUCUGGUUCGCUUCCCUUGCCCGCGGCUGCCUCCACAGGACAAACGCGUGGGGCAAACGCCUCAGGCACUCAACCUCCUCCCGCCGGCGCUCGCCGCUCCGCGGUUGACGGCGCAGCUGGGAACUCGACAGAGGCCCUCACGCCUGGCGGCACCAGUGCGAAUCGGUGGACCUUCGUUCCGGAGGUAGGGUGGAUGGCCUCGUCUGGGGCGGGGGGGACUCCCUCGGAUUUAGCUGCGGGUCUGUUUCCUGCGGACGGACUGGCUCUUGAUUUCUCUGGAGUCGCGGCUGCUGGCGCUGGAAGUCUCAGCGAUCUGGCAGGGGUGGGCGACGGCCUGAGCACCACCUUGUGGACGACAGAAGACUUGGAGGAUCUCUCCUUUUCGCUGCAAGCCGGAGGCGAAGGCGGUGCCCACCAGGGGAAUCAGCGAGAUCUGGAGCAGCUGCAGCGCGUCUUCGAUCAGGCCUUCGAGGGCUAUCGAAGCCAGCGUAGAGCUGUGAAGCGCGAGGAGCGAGCCGCUCGGGAACGCCGCCGCGAGAGGCGACGGCUGGAAAAGAGAAGCCAGUCUUGUAAAGCAUCCGCAGAGAGUGAAACCUCAGUUUUAGACUCAACUCAAGCAGCCGAGCGCUUGACACAACCUGCAAGGGAAGCGGCACCAGUGUCGACGGGUGCCGAUGCAGAGACCGGCCUUCGUAUGAAACGCCAGGGCUCUGUGCAAGGCACACAUGCCACAGACGCCCACCCCCGCCCGUCGAGCUCUUCGUCGUCCGCUUCUUCUUCCUCUUCUUCAUCUGCACCCUUGUCCUCGUCUUCGUCAUCCUCUUCAUCCUCUCCACCUCAGCGUCGACGCCGUCGGCCGCGGCGUUCUUGGUUUGUGAGGCCGAGAGGAAUGCCGCCUUUGAGCGCCCACGUGAGAGACGCCGAGAGGGCAGGCAGCGCGCCGCAGAGCCCUGUCUCCUUCCAUCGCUCGCGGACGUCGCCUGCGUCUCCACAGCGUUCUGACGAGCGCGAAGCAGGGCCUGGAGAGUCGGGGGGCUGCAUGCGAUAUUGCGGCCAGCGCCAACGCCGUUCUGGGGGAAGAUAUGAGAGAAGAGGCACCUCAUCUUCCACUCGUGAACCUCAUUCGGAGGAGACGGAAAAGCGAGUUGGAGACGACACGGAGGCAACCGCACCUGAAGACGGCAACGUUUUCUCCCGCAUCCUGAGGCGUCUUUCUUCUUCUUUCUUCUCCAUCUCGGGGCCCGGUGAAACACAGGAAACGGGCGACAGCCGUGAAACUGCAGCGGAUGCUGGUCGGUGCCCUGGUCGCGCCGAAUGCCCAGAGUCGCGUAUUUUUUCAGCUGCCUUUAACGCAGCUGUAGAGGAGGCAAGAGUUGACGCCGGGGGAGAUCUGGAACGCGCAAAGAGAGACGACGACGGAUUUCACAGUCGCACGCCUGGGGCCUUCGGAAAAGCUGCGCCGCUCUUUCGGGGAAGGCCCCCUGACGGGGACUCGGCCGGAAUGGGGCGAGACAGUGGAGGCAGAGGCGAGAGAGGUCGGCAAAGACUCCAGGCCGCCUUAGGGGAGACAGAGAAGACACUGGCAGUCGACCUAAUAGGGGAGGGACCGACGUCGCAGGCUUCACCGUCUUGGGCGUCUGCCUAUUCACUGUCGCCUUUCGCUUCUUCGUCGCCGCCCUGUGCGGGCUCCGGGGACGCGUCUGACGGUGUCAGCGGGGACGAAGGUCAAGGGCAGGGAUCGGUGCCUCCGGGCCAGAGACGAACUCGUGAGGAAGAGAGAAACGUUUGUUCCAGCGGGUCUUUGUCUUCCGGCUCGUUGCGUCCUUCGUCAUCGAUCUCGUCUUCUUCCUACCUCCAUCAUUCUCCGCCGUCUCUCGAGCGGGGAUCGUUCACGACCUUCAGUGCCGAGAAUCUCCAAGACAACGAUUCGUCUUCGUUAUCGGAGGCGCUUCCUGGAGCCUCAGUGGCUUCUUCCCUCACUUCAACGGCGCCUGCUGGGGCCCAGAAAGCGGAGUGCAGGCCCGAAGUGCGAGGCAAAUGGCGGACUCGGCGAGGAACGACAGACGCGCAAAGGGGGCACGCUGACGGCCUUGUGGGCCGAACGGGAGACCGACGGAUGAAUCGGGACGGGAGCAGGCAGCCGCGCGCACACGGCGACAGGGAAGGCAAGGCCCGAACGACUCCGGAGAGUGGCUUGACCGAGCGAGAGCGCGUACGGAUGCGCCGAUACAUUCUUCGGCUUGAGCGGCGAAAACGAAUGGAGGAGACAGAAGAGGUGAAGCGAGCACAAGUUCAGAGAGAGGCAGGAAACUCGCUCAAUCGGAGACGCCAAACAGGCACAAACACACCCUUGUUGCAGCCGGUCUCGUCAUCAGGCGGGGACGAUGCGAGGCGAGCUCGAAGCCGAGAAGGUACAGCGCUGGACGAAAACAACGGAACGACGCAACCGUCUCAGGCCCUGCCUCACGCCUCCGGGUGGGCGCUCCAGGAGCCUUCGCAGGGUCAUCGGGGUGCUUUCGAGGCAGAGCGGGUGGCUGCUUUCGUAGCGAGAGGAAGCUCGGAUUCUUCUGGAGGGGAGCACAGCGAAGGCGACGGCCGCGACGAGAAUCCCUCUGCACGUUUCCCUGGAAGGAAAGAGGCGCGGCGUUUGUCCUCAGGGGGGAGCACAAAAAGCGAUUCCUCGAGGUCCCGAAGCGGAGACAGUUCGCGCGAGCGGGCCCUGUCUCUGUCGUGGAGCUCGGCUGCGUCUCUGACGAGCACGUGGAGUUCAAGCUCGGACAGCAGUUUCAUGUCAACAUCGACAGAAGACGAGGCGGACGAAACCAUCAAGCUGCUUCGGCUCGAGAGGAAGGCCUUGCCUUCGGACUUUGAACUCUUCUCCUCCCUGACUGCGCGCCGCCGCAAGCGAGCCGCCGCUAGAAGGAGAAAAAGCGGCGGCAACGGUGGAUUCACUCCUUCGAGCUCCUCGAACGCCCUCAACUUCUUCAAAGCGCCCCACCGAAGACGCCCGGUCUCCAGGGCUCCAGGAGACACUCACAACCCACACGCGGUCGCGAGGCGAAGGGGCAAGAAGGAACAGGGACAGACAAGAAAAGAAGGCGGGAAGCUUGGGCCUGGCAGCGCUGGGCAGAAGAGAGAAGCAGAGGGGACGCACGGCAAACGGCGGAGACACGACAAAGACAGACAGUCGGGAAGCGGUAAAUGUGCUGAAGAGAAGCUGCGGGGAGAAGCCCAGCUCCAGAGGGAUGGCCGCCAGGAGGGAGACGAAGGAACGACUGUGCCUCCGAGCAUCCACAAGAGAGAAUACGGAGGCGACGAAGACAGAAGCAUUUGGGGAGGGACCGCAGCAGAUGACAUCCCAGUGGAAAGGGCAGACAGAGACAACACAGGGAAGCCAGCGAGCGCGGGGAGUGGUGACAGAUCUGUUGCGCUUACGCGCAUGAAGCAAGAGCUGAGGAGGGCCGAGACAGCAGGCGAAGAAUUCCGAGACCGGAAACGGAAAGAAGGGGAAGGAGGAGACAUCAACUGUGUGCAUGACAUCGACACUGCUAUGACACCUUCUUUUUCGACUCCCAACCGAGUCGCCGAGCGCGGCUGCGAGUCUCCGCUCUCAAAUGUAGACUCCAUAGAACCGAUUCUCUCGACGUCGAUAGAACAGCUGUUCCCGUCGUCGUCUACUGUUGCUAGAUCUUCUUCGUCUUCCUCUCGUCUUCCGCCCUUCGCGGCUUCGUCGGGCAACGCGCGGGAGGCCGCAGCACCUCCGCGUCGCUCUUCGGCUUCCUGCGAUGUCCCUCGAGAGGCCCAACGACGCUGUACUCCUGCGCCUUCUCACCGACCGUCGCCGACCCCCUCACAGCCUCCAAAUCCUUCCUCGGGCGCAUCUGUCGCUGCCUCUUCGUCUUCCAGCUCUGCGGCGAGAGGCCCCGGCGCUCCGACCUCACAGGCUGCAGGCUCGUCUGUGGUGUUUAGCGCCCUGCCGGAAGCUGCGAGCAACAUCAUCAGCUUCGUCCCAACGUUUGUCGGAGAAGGAGGCGCGAACGCACUGGCAGCUCUCGGUGGGGGUCAGAUCGGGACUGGAGCGACAGGGACGAUGAGUGUCGACUUUAUGCUGGCGACGGCGCUCUCAGCUCUCGCCCAGGCGGCCGCGCGGAGCAACAAUGAGUGGCUGCAUGUGCUUCUCAACGGCCUUGUGCAACAUUUUGCGUCGCCGAAUCGGACCUAUGUCUUGAGGAUCGCCGGGCUCUGUCAGCACCAGCCUGAGCAGUUCUUUGUCAUCUGCGGCCUCCUCGCGGGUCGCUUCCGAAACGAGGUCCAGCAACGCCUCAACCAGCUCGGCUUCCUGCCCCUGCUCUCCCAGCUCUUUGACACCCUCGUCUGGUUUGCCCCUGUCCGUGCUCGGAGAGAAAGAAAGAAGACUCACGGAAAGGGCACUGGAGGGGAGUGCGAGUCAGAGAGAGACGGAGACAGGGACUCUCGCCGCGGUGGAGAGGCGAGAAGGAGGCGCCACAGAAAAGGUGGAGAAGGACGCGGCGAGAGCCUGCGGCAAGAGGAGGACCAAAGGGAGAGAAGCCCGGGAGAAGACAUCCAUGAAACGGACCCUCUCAAACUCGCGUGCGAGUCCUCGCUUUGCGGACUGACUGUCGAGUUCCUUCGCGUCAUUCACGAUGUCUGUGACUUCGAGUCUGGAACCGUGGCCAGCGUCACGAAGCGGCAGCUGCUGACUUUCCACGAGAAGAACAUGGUGAUGCAUUCUCUGCGUCGCAUUCGGCGAGUCGACAAAUCGCGAGAGGGCCGGCCGCCGUGCUGCGUACGGGUGGUGAGGCGCCGCACCGCGGUGGUUCACCCGCACCCGAUGAUGUGUGUCUCGCAUUUAGCUCAAGAACGCGAGGCCCGGAAAAAUCUGCGGGCAGAGAAGCAAGAGACGCCUGAGAAACGUCGGAGUCCGAGCGCCCUCGACGCCUCCCAGGACGACGCCCCCGAGAGCGACAGCGAAGCCUCUGCGGGAGGCGGGAAGCCGAUGCCUCUCGCUCUUGACUCGAGCACCUCUCCUGCAGGCUUGACGUCUGAUGCCUCGUCUCCUGCAAAGCCGGACGCCGGCAGAAGUCCCUCACGCGCUGCGUCUCGCCCUGUGUCUCACUCGUCUUCUGCUUCGUCCUCGCCAUCUUCGCCGUCUUCAGGAUCGUUUCGUUCUUCGUCCCGUGGCUCUUCGCCGCCUGUGUCUCCGCGAGAAGACGCAUGCACUGGGGAGCCUCCAAGCGAUGGUGGAGGGUCCGGAACAGCGGGUGUCGGACCCGGGAGUGUGCACCAGUCGGACGAGCAGCAUGCGCGCGUGAUGACGCGGUACGUCUUCAAGGGCACCUGCGGUUUGCUCACGAAGCUGAUUGCGGUGUACGCGAGCGAAUCGUGUGCAUCUGUCUACAAGUUCUGGCUGGCUUCUUCCAUCGAAGCCUGCAUUCGGGGCGGAGACCCGCUGCUGAAGAUCUUCGCCGCGGAGCGAGGCCUUCUCCAUGUGCUCCUCAGAGACAUCGUACGGAUCGCAGGCGAACAGGUCCGCGAGCAAAGGCGACAGGAUCGGAAACGCAUGCAGAAGAUCUCGGCGAAGCGGAGAGCGAAGCGGAGAGCGAAGCGGCCAGGCUCGAGCAACUCUCUGUCAAAGAGCGACGACGAGGAGCGCGACAGUGAGUCCCUGGUCGAGGGCGAGGAGGCGAACGCCACCCCGUCGAGUUCCGGCCGAAACGCUGACCUGAACAACACAGAUUUCUCCGAUGACGCCGACUCUGUGGACGCAUCUCUGUCGCCACUCGAUCCGUCCUCUGUCCACCGAGGGAUCCUCCAGUCGUGCUGUGAUCUUCUCGGCGAACUCAUCAAAUUCAAUCCACACGUUCUUCACAUGCUGAACGCCUACUUGGCUGCAAGGCCCCAAACCCUGGCGCUGUUCCUCAAUGUCCUCGUGGGAAGCCUCGUCGACAGCAACGUUCUCCUGCGCUCGCUCUUUCUCACCAUCGACUUCUGUCGGCAAGUGCAGUACCUGCAUCGCCAGAUUGUCGAGACUGCGCGACGGACCCUCCGAGAUGCUCCGUCUGUCCUCGCCGCUUCAGCGCUGCCGCACUGCAGGCGAGGCGCCGGCCCGGGCCUGGUGGGUCCUCGAGAAGCGGCCCUGGUGAUGCUCCCGGCGCGUCUCCUCAGGGUGAUGAAGGUCUUGCCUCAGCGGUGGGGCGACGCAAGCACCGCCGUGAGGACUGACCUGCGCCUGUCCCUUCCGCCGCCCGUGCUCCCGCCUCCAGGGGGCUUCGCCGGAGACGGCCGGCCUUUCUCUGUGUCUCCUUCGGCGCGUCAAAACAUUCAGAUGCAGGCGCUCGAGGCCGCGUUGAAUGACUCUGUCGGUCUCCCUUCUCUCACGCAUGCGGCCCCACUCGCGUUCCCGCCGCGGCCUUCCAUUCUCCGGACACGAUACGCCCCUAAUGCCUUCGGGGCCUCGCCUUAUAGUCGGGGCCCUUCUUUAGCCGCAGCUGCAGCUGCAGCCGCGGCGCUCGCUGCCGGGCCUGACGACGACAUGGGGCACACCCCGAUGGCGCAAAGAGACAUUUUUGGGCUGCAUGCGGAGUCGCAGUCGGAGCGUACGAGGGCCUCGCGAGCUGGAGACAACUCGGCGUCUUCUCCUGUUAGGUCCUUGUCUCAGGCGGAAGUGGACGAAGCGCUGGGGCUGCUGAAGAAGGAGUUGAUGCCUCUCUGGCGAGCCGUCCACAUUUUCGAGAGAAAUGCGAACAACCCGUACGCUCUGCAUGCAUCAGAGGAUCCCGCUGGAAAGGAGAGCGGCGCCGCCUCGCCCCGAGCACUCCGAGGCGCUCAGAAUGCCGUUGCCGCAACCGCUCGCUCUCUGGCUAGCCGAGGGGGCGGGGGCGGGGGCGGCGAAGCCGUGUCAGAGAGGAGGAAGGGCCACUGCUCGAAAACAAAAAGGAGACAGGGGGACAGUCCCCUUUUGACCUGCGAUCGAUUCGGCAUGCCUCACCAGUUCAGUGACUGCUGCGUUCGCGGUUGGCAUGCGGCGCCUUCGGGCCUCUCGCUGCCCUUCAUCGAGGGUCCUUCCCUGCGCUCACUGCUGGCGCGGUCCAAGACGGAGAAGCGGCGGAGCUCGAGACAGCAGCGGGGGGCGGAUCCACAGCCAGACGGGGAAAAGGCGGAGAACGGAGGGGCUACGGAAGUCCAGGGGGAAACCGUGGAUACCAUCCCUGCGCGGGAAUGCGAAGGAGCGAGGGGAGACUUCGACGCGCUGAGAAAAGGGCCAGAGAAGCUGCAUGGGCCGUGUGAAUCGCCGGGAGAGUCGCGGCGAGCGAACUACGCAGAAGAAGACCGUUCGACGGAGCAGGAGGAAGCGCUUCGCUCGCAGGCCUCUUCGGCCUCUUUGGGAGUCUUCCUGCGAGAUGCUUGUUCGCCUUUUCCGGCGUCUGUCGACCUCGCAGAAGCCGCUGCAAAGGGAGAAUACUGGGAGCACGCGCCGCUGCGCGAGGCGCGAACAAAUCUGCGAGUGGAAGUCUCGGCUGCCAUGGCCGACAGCGCCCUGAAAAAGUGUAGUGAACUGCAUGCAGUGUUCCGAACAAAAUACGCUGUAGACAUCGAAGACGUCGUCCCCGAGGUCGGAAGCGAAGCGGAGGCCCAGCGGCCCCUCUUCCUCUUUGCCAGACUCCAACGCACGGCGUUGAUCAAGAAACUCAUGUGUGUGGUCCCGUUCGACACUGUCGCGCCCGACACGGUCUGUUGCGUGAACAGCUGCCUUCUUCUGCUGUUGCUCGCGUUGCUCGACGGAGAGCUCGAGGAGACGCUGGAGACCGUGCGAAGGGAUUUAGCGGCAGAAGAGGAUGGAGACUGCCCUGUUCUCGCCCGGCAGGCCCGCGGAGACUGGCCGUCACCGCCAGCUUCUUGGACGUCUUCUUCCUCUUCGUCAGCUUCGUCUGCUGUUCUGUUCCGCAUCUGUCGAGAUGCCGGCAACGUCCCGACGCUCACCGCUGCAGCGCAUGCUCGCUGUCGCAGCUGUUUCCAGGCGGCUCUGGAGCGGGCCAAAGGGGCGAGGGUCGCGAGCAGAGAGAAGGCGGGAGAAAGGCGCGAAGCGCGGCGCCAGCCUGGCAACUUAAGAGGCGCUGCUUCUGCCCUAGGCGCACCCCCAGAAAGCGCUCCACUACAGCCGUCGCUCGACGGAUGCGCGAGGCCUCGAGCUCUCCUGUCAAAUCCCCCUAGCCCACUGGCAUGAACUCGUCACGAUUUUGGGGGGGAAAGCUUCAAAAAGGACCAGCUUGGCUUUUUGCGAAGAACGCCGGCGACAGAACUAAAGACAUAACGCAGUCUGCUAUCGCCUAGUGCCCUACGGAACGCUUGGGUCUGAAACGAAGUACGCCAUGAGGUACAUGGUGAAAGGCAGCAAGACGAGGCGAGGGCCUCUGAGUGGAGCGUAACGAGGAACUCAUCUGUUUUGUCUGAUAAAUGCGUUACGCGGAGAGCUUUCAAAGACGCCGUUCGCAUGCAUGCGAACUGCCACACAGCCGCAUGCAGCCUGCACAGGCUUGCUAGGCUUGGACGGUUGAAUCGCAUUGGAAGAGUACUCGUCUGGGUUCCUGUGUGGUGGAGGCUUCGUUUGCGGUACGGUCUUUGUGGGUCAAAUAUAAGAGGAAAGAGAGAGCUGGGAAACGAGCGCAAACGAGAGACGAAUUACAGAGGCUACCCUGUGGUCUUCGAGGACAAAAGCCGCUCUAGCCGGGUCCACAGGAGUAUUCAAAGUGUCGUCCUGCUCUUUGUCUCCCUUGAUUCAUGCUUCGAUGUCAGUCACAACUGCAGAUCAUUUCAAAUGUAUAUGCAUCUAUCUGUCCAUAUAUAUAUAUAUAUAUAUAUAUAUAGGUGGACGUACCAAGCAUUUCUAAACGUAUAAGCACGCAUAUAUAUAUAUAUAUAUAUAUUUGCAUGCAACGUGCGUUCGCGGCAAAGCUCGCCCCUUGACAACUCGAGACGAGAAAACAAAAUAUUGGAGUUGUUUCGGAUGCGACGUUCGAGGUUUCCACGUUGUCGCUGACCAGUACCUCUCAGACAGGCGACCCCCCCCCCGAGGGAUUCGUUCUCAAAUCCACGUACCUCCUUUUACCACGCAGAGGGAUCCUACGGUAUGGAGGUUAAUCCACAAUGGUUUUUGUUCCUGGCGGAAUAUAAGGAAUGGCGGUAUCACUCAUAUUUACAGCGAGGGAAAACUGCUCGGAUGCCGGUAUGAUCGACGCAAUCGUGCUGGGAGUAAUCAUAUGUGAAACAGACUAACUUUCCCCCUGAAGUUUGUUUCCAAUAUCAUGCGACACAACGAUUAUGGUCUUGGCAAAAAAUCCGGAUUCCUGCUCUCACACUUAUUACCAGUGAGGGAACAUUCUUUUUACUCAGAUGCUAGAUGGAUCGCUAUUUGCGAAUGGGGAAAGUCAGCUCUGAGCCUACUUCAGUCGGGACGUCUCG